AUGCUUCUUUAUUUCAAUAAAUAUUAAUUUUAGAAUAAUCUUAUUAUAAAACCUACUUCCCUAUUUUAUACAUGUAUCAUAUUUCACAUUCUUUUUCUGCUUAGCUGCCCGAUACUCUACACAUUUGUAUCAUAUGGAACAAAAUAUCAACUUGAAGUGUCUACCACCUAACUACGCUUCUUCCUCCUCCUCCUCCAUAACCACCACCACCGCCAUUUCCUCCGUCUCGUCCGAUGGCUCGACUGUUUCUUCCUCAAACUACUCAUCUACUGAUGAAAAAGAAAGUACGAAAAGCCUGAAAGAGUGUAAAAAUGGUGGCAAUGAGAAGCAUAAUCCAAUUAGUUAUCGUGGUGUGAGGAAGCGGAGUUGGGGCAAAUGGGUGUCUGAAAUUCGAGAGCCGAGGAAGAAAUCAAGAAUAUGGCUCGGAACAUAUCACACGGCGGAGAUGGCGGCACGAGCUCACGACGUAGCGGCUUUAGCAAUUAAAGGCCACUCAGCUCAUCUCAAUUUCCCUCAUUUGGCUCACCAACUUCCUCGCCCCGUUACCACUUCACCUAAAGACGUCCAAGCUGCCGCGGCUAAAGCAGCAGCAGCCACCAUAUAUCCCGACCAAAUUACAGGCGGCGAAUUCAAUGCUGAAGCACAUGAGCCGCCGCCGCCAAAUUCUGAUUCUUCAACAAAUUUAGAAGCAUCCAAUUCUUGCUCAACCGUGGAUGAUAGCGACACAUUUUUCGACCUCCCAGAUCUUUGCUUCAAUGAAACAUACCUGAAUGUCGGAUUUUCUUACCGUGCUUCUUCAUGGAAGCUAGCUGGAGCAGCAGCCGAUAUUGGAUUCCGGCUUGACGAUUCAUUUCCAUGGGACGGCUACUGGCAAUAACCCCAUCAGCAGCCACUGCACAUUGGUAAUUUGAUAAUAUAAAAUAAAGAGCAGAAACACCAUCCACCCCCGUAUAUGUAUGUAUGUAUGUGCUUUAGAGUGAGAGUAAACAUGUGAAGAUGAAUAAGAAUUGACUGCAAGGUUUUAAUGGACUUGGUUCUUAAUUUGCC